CAACGUCUGUCACUCGCGCGUAUCCACAACUUCCGACCUUUACGAUUCCACUGGUAAGAGGUAGAUUCAAGCACACAGCAAUGGCGGACGCGCCAGCAAAGCAAGAGAAGGAGCAUGUGAAAGCUGCCCCUCCACCAGCCGACAUCGCAUCAGACCCCGAAGAAGACGACCUCUCGGACCUCGACGACGUGCUUGACGAAUUCGCAAACACAAAGCUCGAUUCCAAAGCACCCGCAGCAUCAGCACUCAAAGCCGCACCACAGCCCUCAGCACCAUCUGCCUCAGGCCCCGGGAGACCAGAAGAUAUCUCACCUGCCGAGCUUCUUCUUCAAGAUGAAGCUGAGUUCGCAAAGAAGCUGCAAGACGAGAUGGAGCAGCUUCUCGGCCAGGGCGACUUCCAGAAGCAAUUCGAGGAUAUUAUGAAAGAGAUGAACAGCGAGAUGGGCGGCGAUCACCUACCAGGGCCCACAGCCUCAAAAGCAGCUGCAGCAGCAUCGUCAUCGUUGAAAGACGGGACACCCUCGAAAGCUGGUGCAUCUACUAGCAAAGCAGACAAGAGCUUCCAAGACACAAUCAAGAAGACAAUGGAGCGCAUGCAAGAGUCCGGCGACGCUGCUUCCUCCGCUGCCGCAUCGUCCGCCAACCAGGACGACAUCCUCGCGCAGAUGCUGAAGGAGAUGGAGAGCGGGGGAUUCAGUGGGGAGGGGAGCGAUGAGGACUUCAGCAAGAUACUGAUGGGCAUGAUGGAGCAGUUGACCAACAAGGAAAUCCUAUACGAGCCGAUGAAGGAGCUCGAUGACAAGUUCCCAGCGUGGAUGGAGAAGAACAAGGACAAGGUGCCGAAGGAGGAUCUCAAGAGGUAUGAAGAGCAGCAAGUGCUGGUCAAGGAGAUCACAGGGCGAUUCGAAACGAAGGGGUACAGUGAUGAUAAUGCGAAAGAUCGGGAGUACAUUGUUGAGAGGAUGCAAAAGAUGCAAGCCGCUGGCUCGCCGCCGCCCGAUCUUGUCGGUGAUAUGAAUGCUGCGCAGGAAGCGCUGGCGGGAAUGGACGAAGGAUGUCCGACGCAAUAG